UCAACAGCUCUAGCUUGAAGACGCUGUUUUCCACAACUCUCCAUCCACGUUGAGGCGACAUUCCCACCCCGCCCACCAGCUGGGGAUGGACAGUUUGGGGAACUACCUGCCGUGACCCCCCACCCCCCCUCACACCUGCCACCUGAUGGAGGUUAACGACACCGACGUGCGACGCGAGCGUUGCGAUCCGGACAGGCCCGCUCAUCCGGGGGUUUUCCUGACCCGCGAGGCCGGGAAGAGCGACCACCAGCCGGCGGGACUUAGCGUGGACUUCCCGGUGUCCGUGGUUCUUCCUGCCGGCGGCACCGGCGAGAGAACCGGACUGCGGACGCCGAAGCAGUUCUGCUCGUUGCUGGGUCGGCCGCUCAUAAGUUACACCGUCCAGGCUUUCGAGAGGGUGUCGUGGAUCCAGAGCGUCGUGGUCGUCGUGGCCGAAGAGAACAUGGACCUGAUGACGGACGUCGUCCAGCGCUUCCGGCACACGAAGGUUCGAGCGGUGCCGGGCGGCUCGACUCGCCACCGGUCGAUAUGGAACGGGGUCCUGGCCCUGGGCGAGGGCGAGGGCGAGGGCGCGGUGGUCAUCGUCCACGACGCCGUGCGGCCUUUCGUGGACGAGGACCUUCUGUACAAGAUCGCCACGGCUGCCAAGGAGCACGGGGCAGCCGGAGCUAUCCGACCUCUCGUUUCCACGGUGAUAGCCACCACAUCAGAGGGCUACCUGGAUCAUUCUCUGGAGCGAGCCAAGUACCGAGCCAGCGAGAUGCCUCAGGGGUUCACCUACGACGUCAUCUCCCGAGCCUAUCAGCGGCGCGGGUCGACCCAGAGCUUUACAAUCUGUCCCGCUGACCGCUCCCCAACAUCCGGGUCAAAGUGCAGUGAGUCAGACUUUGAGUUUGGCACCGAGUGUCUCCAUCUGGCUCUGCAGUAUUGUGGCACCAAUGCCAAGCUCAUCCAGGGGCCGCCAACACUGUGGAAGGUGACCUACAAACGGGAUUUAGCUGCCGCGGAGUCCAUCAUCAAAGACGCUCUGUCGCGGUCGGCCUGCGUCAUCACCGGUGGCUCCGCGAGCGGCGCCGCGCUGGCCGGCGCCCUCCGGGAGGCUGUCGGCGCCCUCGGCACGGAGCUGGAAGUCGUCCCAGAUCUGAGGGGAGAAAACGCCAGGUGUCUGGCGAAGGAGGGGAACUUCAUCCUGGUUUCUGUGGGUCCUUCUCGCCCGUCUGAAGUGGAAGCGUUGCUGACGGAGUUGGAGGCAGCGAAUCGGGCUCUUCUCCACCCGCUGGUUGUCAUUUGGGUGCAUAUGAGCGACUCCGAUGAGCUGUCCGUCAGCGGGAGAGCGGCGGCGGUCAUGGACCUGUCCUCGGCCGCUAAGCUCCGAAAUAUUCUCCUCUACGGCAUCCAGCUCCAUCCGUCAAAGAUUGGGCACAUGAAGACGAAACAGCCGGGAUCACAUGUUUGGAAGUCCUUUUAUUUAUGUGUUCUUCCUUUUGACAUUUGACGGGUCACUUUGUAUCAAUAAACUCAGUUAAUUUGUGUGUGUGUGUGUGUGUGUGUGUGUGUGUGUGUGUGUGUGUGUGUGUACUCAUGCACCGACUCCUGUGAAAUACUACACGUCCAGGGUGCUUUUAUUGUGAAAGGAAUGAGUGGAUCUGCCUUUUUGUUUUUGUUUUAAGGUCGAAAAAAAUAAUAAAGUUAGCUCAAAAUGAAACUUUUGAAAGUGUUCAUGUCAAAAUCAACACUUUAAAAAAAGAAAAAAUGUAAAAAACUUUCCCCAAAAAGGACGUUGCCACAGAACAAAACUGUGUUCUGACUAACUGGGAAGGGAAGUGCAUUUUUGUAGGAAUAGAAGUAAAGAUAUCGGCAAUGAUCUUGAUUUUUAUAUAAUUUAAAAGCACUUUCUGCGAUGAGGUUUGAAGGGUGAACGAAGCGUCGCCACCCGCAAUGCUUCAGAAUACUGAAAGAACAAGUUAGUUGUUGAACUUCAUUGUAGAAAUGCUGAAUAUUAUGAGGAAUGUGCUCUGGUUUUAAGCUGGCUUGUGUUUUUAGGUGUUCUGUCUUUAUGAAUGAACAAUGUUUAGAGUAUCAUUACCAACACAUGCGGCUGCCUGGUUUUAAUACUUUAAUAUUACAGUCAGAGCUGCAUGCUACUGGAAAUAUUUCGAAUCCAGCAAAACAUUUUCCGAUGUUUUUACAAGUCCCAAAAUAGCGGUUCUUGUGUCUCUUUGUUUAUGUUUUCAAGGUGAUUUAGAUGUUUUUUAAUGCAAUUAGAACAUGGUGGUUCUUUUACUAAGAGGAGCUUUGAACUGGUUAUGAAAACGGCCUCGAUAGGAACUACCAGAGCAUCGCUGAGAUUAUUAUUAUUAUUAUUAUUAUUAUUAACUCUUAAGACUCCAGCGUGGAAGCAACCGGCCCGUCGUGGACGGACCCAGAUCCGGCUAGACCCCCUGGAGGGAACCAGGACCAGGUCUUCUAAACAGACUCUGGUGCUUAAACACUACCACCAAAAACUGAGUAUGACACGCAGACUUUGUCUGUUACCUCGUUAAAGUUCCACGUGAACUCUUGAGUGUUCCUCCCUAAACGAUUUCAUUCUCUGCUCCGACGUGACACCAGUGAGAAGAACGACCUUCGUUCACGCGUCCCUCGCCUCUCGUUAAGCAUCACACACACACACACACACACACACACACACACACACACACACACACACACACACACACACCUCUUCGGAAAAAGUACGGCCAUUCGGCCAAUCUAAUUUUAACCUCUGACGGAGAGAGAGAGAGAGAGAACGCAUGAGUGCAUGGAACUAGAGAAGUUGGGAAAACGAUCCACCUCAUUGACCUUUUUACUGAUGUGUCUUUUUGGAUAUAAGAAAAAGAAGAAAAAAAGAAGUGCAUCCUCUCAAAUGAGGAAUGCUGAAGGCACAAUGCGUCCUCCUUGGAGGAGGAAGAGGAGACUCUGGAAAAGAAGAAGAAGAAGAAGAAGAAGAAAAGGACGUGGCGAUCAAAGCACUUUUGUAGCGCCUCUUUCCGUUUAUUCGUGUUUGUUCCCUCGGGGGAAGAUGCCCACGAGCCAAACAUCGGCACCGGAUCCUCGUGAACCGACUCCUCCGUGUUGUGAAUAACGGUGACGGUGCACGCCAUCGGCGUCAUCGGAUCCCUCCUCGCGCAGGGUCCUGGCGACUUGUCAUCCGCUGAAAGGGGAGUUGUCACGGUGAUAUAUGGCCGUUGUAAUCCCCGCAGUGGAGAGAGAGCCCUGAUGUUUACCCAACCCCAUAUUUCCUCCUCCUCAAAGAGCCCGGACCCGGGAAUCCUAAACCUGAGAAGAGAUUAGCCGGAAGAAAAGAGAGAGAGAGAGAAAGGAGGAGGGGGGAAGAAAAGGAGAGGACUCUAUAGCUCUAUUCUCCUCUACCUGUUCAGAGGUCUGAAAGGCAGACGGGUGAAACCGAACACGAGGAGCUCUCGCGGUGACACUCGUGGAGUUGCACCCUCGGCUGGGGGGGUCAAGGGAGGUCAGGCCGCGUAAAAGAUCGUUAUUUAACCUGAAUAUGGAUGCGACCGCUGCAGCUGUUGAGGCUAACACGCGUUAGCAUAUCGGCUACAUUACCAUCUUAUAACAGCCGCGGGGCGAUCUCACGUUGUCCUUUUUUUAAUUUGGUUAUGGUUUUGGUGUUCCGCCAUUUUGGCAACGCGCCAACUGGAGCUAAACUCUGACUCGGAUAUUUUAAUGACCAGCGUAGCGUAGCGUGUUGUUAGCAUGCUAAUAUUUGCUAAUUGGCGCCCAGUUAUGUUGAGGCUGAUAUUUGGUUCAUGAACCAAAUGAAUGGACAAAUUUAAAUGUUUUUUAUUUUUGUCCUGCUGGUGGCGCUAGACGAGCAC